CAGAAUGUCUGGAAAUGAUGAAAUGAAAACCAUCAACAUCUACUUUUCUUGUUUUGGGAACAGUGGGCCACCCUGCAGAUUGAGGAGGGAGUAAAAAAGCAGAAGGCGAUGGCACCUGAAAAUUUAAUCUCCACUGGGAUCAUCCAGAGGGACGAGACCCCCAUGGAAGAGGAGCUUGUUGGCCGCUGCCGAGGAUGUUUCAGCCUUGCCGAUGUCAUGUACUUCUGCAAGAAGGGCUGCGAGGCAGUCGCGGAGGACGAGGUCACCCGACGGUUCUCCUCGGAGGAGCUGCGGUCCUGGAAUCUCCUCAGCAGGACCAACGCCAACCUGCACCACGUCAGCUGGAAGCUGGCUGCCGUGUGGCUCACCGGCAUCCUGACUCGGUACUGCCUCCUGCUGCCUUUCCGCAUCUGCUUGUCUGUUUUCAGCAUCCUGUUGCUGGUGUUGGCCACUACAGUAGUAGGACAGUUUCCAAAUGGCAGAGUUAAAGGCUGGCUGAGCAACCAGGUCCAGAUGACCUGUGCCACCUUGGGUGUCCGAUGUCUGAGUGGCCUCGUUCACUUCCACAACAGGGAACACAAACCACAGGAAGGAGGCAUCUGUGUCGCCAACCACACAUCUCCACUGGAUGUCCUAAUCCUGGCCAGUGAUGGAUGCUAUUCCUUGGUUGGCCAGGUACACGGAGGGCUUCUGGGACUCAUUCAAAGAUCCUGCAUGCAAACCUCUCAGCACGUCUUGUUUGAGCGCUCGGAAAUGGAAGAUCGUCACCUGGUGAGGAAAAGAAUUAGAGAACACAUUGCAGAUAAGGCCAAGUUACCCAUUUUAAUUUUCCCAGAAGGCACCUGCAUUAACAACACAUCAGUAAUGAUGUUUAAGAAGGGAAGCUUUGAGGUAGGAGGAACCAUCCAUCCAGUAGCAAUCAAGUAUGACCCCCGCUUUGGAGAUGCCUUCUGGAACAGCACAAAGCAUUCUGUGAUGACCUAUGCUUUUAAUGUGUUAACCAGCUGGGCUAUUGUCUGCAAUGUGUGGUACCUGCCACCCAUGGUCAAAGAGGAAGAGGAAGAUGCUGUUCACUUUGCUGACAGAGUCAAGGCUGUCAUCGCUGCUCGGGCAGGAAUGUCUGUGCUUCCUUGGGAUGGGGGACUGAAAAGGAAAAAGGUCAAAGAGUCUUUCAAGGAAGAGCAACAGAAAAAAUAUUGCCAGAUAGUAAUAGAAAAUGGAUCUGUGGGAAACGGAAAUGUUUGUUAAAUGCUAUUUAUUUUAUCUUGUUUUUCCAUGAGUUAUCUCUACCAGAAAAUAGACUGGUUUUAUAUUAAACCAAACAUGUUUUCCCUCUGUCCCUGUAAGAUAUUUUGCAUGUGACACAGCAGGGAAACCAUAAAGAUAUAUCCUUAUUUAAAGCAAAGUACUAUAAUUUUAUAAAUAGGAAAACAUAAAAUAUGCUAAAAAAAAUUCUCCCUGAUGCUGAGAAGAAUCUUCGGUAAAAUUAAUUAUGUUCAUUAAAAUACCACUUUAAAAUAUUUGCAAUACCUUGAUACCUGAGUGGGUGAAGCUGAGCUAAAUUAAUCACAGCCAAGGACAGUUUUAUAGAAAAUAUCUUGUGUUUUUAAAUCUUAUUACUGUGGUUUUGUUAGAUCCC